AAUAUAUUUGUUUCUUAGGAUGUUCCACAGGUUCCCAUUCUGUAUUUCCCGAAAUCUAACCCAGGGCUGAAGAGGAGAAAGAGAGACUGGGUUAUCCCUCCUAUGAAUGUUGCUGAGAAUCACAGAGGACCUUUUCCCCAGGAAGUUGUUCAGAUUCGCUCUGAUGCCGAUAAAACGAAGAAGAUCUUUUACAACAUCACUGGUCCUGGAGCUGAUCAGCCUCCUGUUGGUCUUUUCACCAUGGACAGAGACACUGGUUAUCUGUAUUUAACACAGGGACUGGACAGAGAGAAACAGGACAAAUACACGCUUAAAGCCCAUGCUGCGACAGCGGGAAGUACUGAAAGUGCAGAGGAUCCUAUGGAUAUUGUAAUCAAUGUAAUUGACCAGAAUGACAACAAACCUAUUUUCACCAUGUCUACCUAUAUGGGAGAAGUUCCAGAGGCCUCAGAAAAAGGUACUGAGGUGAUUAAGGUUGAGGCCACAGAUGCUGAUCAGCCAAAUACUGACAACUCUGAUAUUGGGUACCGUAUAAUGAAUCAGAAGCCAGAGCAGCCCAGUCCCAACAUGUUUACCAUCAACCCAAAAACUGGAGUCAUCAGAGUCAACGAAGCUGGGCUGGACCGAGAGAAAAUUCCCGAGUAUGAACUGCAAGUACAGGCAGCUGACAUGAAGGGAGAAGGUUUGACUGCAUUAACCAAAGUGAUUAUCAAAGUGACGGACAGCAACGAUCACGCUCCAGUCUUUACACAGCCAGAAGAAUAUGCGGGAACAGUUGAAGAGAAUAAGGUAGAUGCUCUGGUUGUUAAGAUGGAGGUGACAGACGGUGAUGAGCCUCAUACUCCUGCCUGGAAUGCAAAAUUCAGCAUCAUUAAUGGAGAUCCAGGAAAUCUAUUUACUGUGAAAACAGGAACAAACAAACAAGAAGGAAUCAUCACUACUGCUAAGGGUCUGGACUUUGAGAGAACCAGUAAGCACACUCUGCUGGUCACAGUGGUGAAUGAGGCUCCUUUUGCUCCUUCUGUUCAAUUGGUUACUUCCACUGCUACCGUGGUGGUGACUGUGAAGGAUGUCAAUGAACCUCCCAUUUUUGAAACAGAAGAGAAGCAUGUUUCCAAAAGUGAGAACCUUGCUGUGAACAGCACUGUAGUGCAGUACACGGCUUCUGAUCCAGACACUGGACGCAAACAGAAAGUCAUGUAUAAAAUACUCAAAGACCCAGCUGGGUGGUUUGGCAUUGAUAAGGAUACUGGUGUGAUAAAAGUGAGAAACCAAAUGGACAGAGAAUCCAGCUUUGUCAAGGAGGAGAAAUACACAGCCCUGAUUGGUGCAUAUGAUGAUGAUCAGAUCCCAGCUACAGGAACUGGAACGCUAAUCAUUAAACUUGAGGAUGUCAACGACAACGCCCCAGUUGUUGAGGAUCGUUCAUUUCAAGUCUGUAACAAGAAACCAGCUCAUCAGCUGCUGACUGUAACAGAUAAAGAUGGACCAGGCUUUACUUCUCCAUACAGCGUCAACAUAAAGGACUCCUCUACUAAGGCUAACUGGACCGCUGUGAUGAACAACAACAAAACUGGUAUUAUUCUGACUUUGAUCCGUGAGCUGGAGAGCGGAUUUUACAAGGUGAUCAUGACGGUUUCAGACAACCAGGGCCUGUCUCAGGUCAGCACAGUCACAGUUGAAGUGUGUGACUGCACUGGAGAAGAAGUGACCUGUAGAGAGAAAGUUAUUGCUGGCUCCAACCUGCCAGUGAUCCUGGGAAUACUCGGUGGCGUCCUCCUGCUACUUAUGCUGGUCCUGCUGCUGCUGCUAUUGGCAAAUAAAAACAAGCCAAAGAAGGAACAACCUUUACUCCUAGAUAAAGACGUCAGAGACGACAUCUUUUUUUAUGAUGAGGAGGGAGGCGGAGAGGAGGACCAGGACUACUUUGAUCUGGGUGUUCUCCACCGUGGUUUGGACAACCGUCCCCAUGUGUUCAGGGAUGAAGUGGCUCCAGUUUUUCAGUACCAGCCUGUUGUGUACAAACCUCGGCCUGCCAAUCCAGAAGAUAUCGGCGGCUUCAUUGAUGAUAACCUGAAGGCGGCAGACAACGACCCGACUGCUCCCCCCUACGACUCCCUGCUGGUGUUUGAUUAUGAAGGAGGAGGUUCUGAAGCUGGAAGCAUUUCGUCUCUGAACUCGUCAAGCGAUGGAGACCAGGACUAUGACUGCCUCAGCGACUGGGGCCCUCGCUUCAAGAAACUGGCAGACAUGUACGGAGGAGGAGAUGAUGACAUGAUGUAAAUGUUCCAGUACUGAGGAAAUGAAGCUGCAUGAGUUUAAGUGUGCUGAAGUACUGACAUCAGUGAGAUGUUGUUUUGUGAAUUUUAGUUCAGGCCCAUUGGUAGUUGAGCCACUUCAGGGUUUGGUUUUAUGAGUUUUCUAAAUUAGAGAGGUCUUUCUGAGCCUUUUUUUUGUUUGUUUUUUUUUUGUUUUUUUAGGCUUGCCAAAAAUGUUUUUUUUUUAUUUGUAGCUUACUGGUAUAGUGGACUCAUACAUUGAGAGACUUGCAGUAUCACUGGUUUAAAAAAUUGUGUGAAGCUGGUGAAAUAAGGUACUUUUUAUCUUUCAUUUUUUGUAUACUGUUUUUAUAUUUUUGCUUCAAGGAUAGAUUAGAAACAUUUCAGAAAUCAUGAAAUCCUGGUAGCCAGCCUAAAGUGAGUCAACCUCUCGACUACAUUUGAGUUGAUAAUAAAUGCCUCUUGUACUGCUUUAAAUCUUGAUGCAAUAAUUUCUGAUGUAUGGUAAAAGCUUAAAUGUAAUGCUUUACUUUUAUAUAAAGUUAUACAUUUUAGAUU